CGUUCGCGCUUUGAUCGAGGCCCUUCUGCUCCGCGCUCCCGUUUCGACCGGCGCUCCCGCUCGCGCUCGCGCUCACCUUCAGCCAGAGAUUCCACAUCGCGUAGGACCCGCAGCCCAGUCGCGCGUGAGGCUACGGACAGCCCAUCCGCAGCGGAGAAGAAGCCUCCUUCGAAGGAAGCUGUGUUGAAAGCUGCCGAAGCUGCCAGAGCCGCUGCCGCAAGGAUCUCAAAACAGCUGGAAGCGAAGAAAGGCAUUCAGCAUGUCGAUGUGCCGCCUAUUCGCACGGCCGUAUCGAGCCCUCCUGUCGCGAAGUCGCCAUCGACCACCCCUGGUGGUGCCGUCAUCCGCGAGGCGUUCCAGCAGGAUGGCGACUACAUUCAGGACAUAGAGAUCAAUGAUCUGCGUAACCGCUACACACUGACCAAGGGAUCUGUCCAAAAAAAGAUUAAAGACGAUACUGGCGCCGAUGUCACAACUCGAGGCAGUUAUUAUCCAGACAAGAGCUUAGCCACGGUCGCAAACCCACCACUCUAUCUCCGCGUCACGAGCACAUCCAAAGAAGGCCUGGAAGCAGCGGUAAAAGAGAUUGAGAAGAUGAUGCAGCAAGACCUUCCAAAUCUGGUGGAUGAACGUAGGUUCCGUCGGAACCGUGAACAAGACCCGGUCGAGCGUGACGAGUUUGGACGACGUAAAUGGCCCGAAGAGAAAAUCCCUAUUGACCUCGAGCCAAUCAAUGGGUUCAACCUGAGGGCACAGGUCGUUGGCCGCGGGGGAGACAAUGUCAAGUAUAUCCAACAAGAGACCGGCUGCAAAGUGCAGAUCAAAGGUAGAGGCUCGGGGUUCAUGGAACCUGUUUCUGGCCAAGAGAGCGAUGAGCCGAUGUUCUUGCACAUUGCCGGACCCAAGCCGGAAGGCGUAGCGCAAGCCAAACAGCUGUGUGAGGAGUUGCUUGCCAAGGUCAAAGCAGACUAUCAAGCUUUCAAGGAACGCCCGCCACAGCACCGCUUUGGUAGUGACGAUUACUCGGGCAGACGGUACGGUGACCGGGGCGACCGCGAUCGCAGCCAGAGCUAUGGCUAUGGAGCUGGUUAUGGAGGCCAUGGAGGUCUCGAGACGCCUCAGGCAACGCACUCUCCUGCUCCCAUGGCUGCUACCGCUGGCAUGAACUCCGCUGCUGCCUCUGGGGACUGGACGGCGCAAUAUGCGCACUAUGCUGCAUACUACGCCGCUCACCCUGAUCAGGACCCUUAUGCCCAAUAUGGCGGAUUCGCUACAUACAUGGCAUACUACCAGCAGUACUACAGCGGAGCUGCUGAGGGUGCUGCAGGGUCCGCAGGUUCUCCUCCUCCUGGAAUAGGCGGUGCUGCUGCCCCUCCACCUCCCCCUCCUCCGCCAUCUGAGCCUGCGCCUCCUAGUGCAGCGCCUCCGCCGCCUCCUCCGCCACCCCCGGCUGCAUCUCCGCCAGGU